UGUUUAAGCGGUGAGGUGAGGGAAGCUAACAUAUCAGAAUGUCGACUGUAAAGAAUCCUGUUGCGGACAGCAUCUUUGCCUCCUUGCCUCGGACAACAAGAGGAGUACCCAUCAUUUUAGGAGGAUGUCCACAGGGCAAGCACAAGUUUCUCUACACAAAUGGCAACAAUGUCAUAUUGCGUGACCUGGCAAAUCCCUACAUGGAUGCAGAGAUCAUCACAAAACACUCCACUCCUGCCACUGUAGCUCAGUGGUCUCCAUCAGGAUUCUACAUCGCCUCUGGUGAUACAUCAGGUAAAGUCUUGAUUUGGGACACUGUCAACAAGGAGCACCUCACCAAGUAUGAGUAUCAACCAAUUGUUGGUAAGAUCAACGAUAUCACUUGGGACGGUGAGAGCAAGAGGAUGGCUGUAGGCGGGCAGGGUAAGGGCAAGUAUGGCCAUGCAUUCCUAGUAGACUCUGGAUCUUCUGUGGGAGAAGUCGUUGGUCACACUAAGGCUAUCAACAGUUUAUCUAUACGACCCCAGCGACCUUAUCGCCUGGUGACCUGUAGUGAGGACUACUCCAUGGUGUUUUUUGAAGGACCGCCAUUCAAAUUCAAGAAAACUAUUGCUGAUCACACAGCAUUUGUAAACGCCUUGAGAUACGCCCCUAAAGGUGAAGUUUUCAUCAGUGGAGGAGCAGACAAGCAGGCUUUUGUCUAUGAUGGGAAGACUGGGGACAAAAUUGGACAACUUGGAGAUCCAGCUCACAGCGGGGGUAUCUAUGCUCUGAGCUUCAAUAUUGAUGGUAAAAAAGUGUUGACCUGUUCCGGUGACAAGACAUGUAAGAUCUGGGACGUGGAGACAACCACUUGUGAGACAACAUUUAACAUGGGAACCCAAGUAAAUGAUAUGCAGGUGGGCUGUCUAUGGCAAGACGAUUACCUCAUCAGUAUUUCCCUCUCUGGCUACAUCAACUACCUGGACAUUAACAACCCUGACAAGCCCCGUCAGAUCAUCAAGGGAACUAACAAAGCCGUGACAGCCAUGUGCCUGUCAGAAGAUAAGAGUACUGUAUUCUCCGGCAGCUCGGAUGGACAUAUCAACUAUAUGAGAACUGACACUUUUGAGGAUGGAGAGAUGAUUGGCAAAGGUCACAGUAACAAGGUCAUGGACAUGAGGAUAUCUGAAGACACUAUGGUCUCAGUGGGAAUGGAUGAUUGUGUCAUAUUUAGUAACACUGAGAGUAAACAAUACCCGUCUGAGUUUAUAAAGUUAGGUUCUCAACCUCAGGCUACAGACACAAAGUCAGGGACAACAGUUGUGGCGUGUUUAGGAGAGGUUGUCGUGUUUGAGGGAAAUCAAAAGAAAUUUGUCCAAACUGUGCCUUAUGAACCUAAAUCAGUUUGUCUCAACAGCUCUGGAACAGUGGCAGCCAUUGCUGGAUUGAAGGACAAUACCAUUCACAUAUAUGACCUGGGUGGAGGGACACUGUCAGAGAUAAACAAAGUUAAGACUACCGGUGAAAUAACAGAUAUGGAAUUCUCACCAGAUGGACAAUUCCUUGCAACAAGUGGCGCUGAUCGAUAUGUCCGCUGCUAUGAACUUCCUGAUUACCAGCUGAUGUUUGACAGCACAAAACAUUCAGCUCGAGUAAACUGUGUAUCAUGGAGUCCAGACUCUACAAAAUUUGCAACUGGCAGUCUUGACACUAGUUUCGUUGUCUGGGAUAUAAGGAAGAAGGGAUUUGACAAACAAUAUCUAUGUGCUCAUGCUUUGAAUAACAUAACAAGAAUAGUAUGGGAAAGUUCUACAAAUGUUCUGACAGCUGCCAGUGAUAGCUGUAUCAAACGAUGGACUGUAUGAUGUCCUGGGACAGAAAAUUACUGAUGGCAAUAUUGAUACCCUGUGGAUUCUUGUUGAUGUUGAGUGCCACUCUAACACAUUACCACAGCUGAGAUGUGAUGUAAACAUAGUUAACACACAUUACAAUAUGGGUAAACACUAUAUGCUACAAACAGCAGUUAGUAUUUCCUUGAUCAAGCAUUGCUAUCGUGGAAGAGUGUCAAUAUGAUAGAUUUGCUUUAAUAUGUAAUUGAUAUAACUUUUUAUUCAGUAAUUAGAUAUAAACUACUAAUUUUUCAGGAGAGACAGCUAUUGAAAUAUCUUGUUUGUCUGGGAAUUUCACUUAGUAUUGUAUGUGCACAAGUACAAAUCACCUGUGCUGAGGGCUACUGCUGUCUUAAGGAAUAUUAAAGAUGGCAGGGGUGAUGAAUCAUCACUUGACAAAAUUAGAAAGUUAAAAACGAAAGUAUUAGCCAAUCUUUUUGUGGAAAAAUUAUUCAGGUACAUUGAAAUUCUCUUUCAUAUCUAUAUCAAAAGGGAUAUUACUCGAAUCUGAAAAUAGUUAUAUGAGCACAUUGAACUUUGUCGACAUGAAAAUACUUAUAAUGCAAUGUUAAAUGUGGAAAUAGGUAUUAUAAAGAUUUGUUAAUGGGAAAAUUUUACAAAUGUUUGUCGUAAAAUUAUUGUUUGUUUAUUGUUCUCUAUGCAAAUUAUUGUAGUAAACGAAGAUGAAAUUAAAUGUGUGAAGUGUGAAACACAAUGAAAAGGAGGCAUGUCGUAAGAUAGCAUAGUAGAUGAUAUGCUGGCCAUGUCAUAUCUGUGCAGUUCAAAAUGCUUGUGUAAUGGCAAAAUAAAUUUAAUUUUUCUUCCAUUAACAUUGACGAAUGUGCUUUGCGGAAAAGGUACUUCAGUAAGUACUGAUUUGUACACGUCAGAAGAAUUGAUUAUACAGCUAGGAAUAACGAUACCUGGCAGGACCAUUUCAUAGUUCAGCAAUCUUAAGCCACCAUGAAUCAACAGUGUAAAUCUGACAAUUCUCUGAGUAUUAAUAUCUUACAUUUCAAUGUUUUAUCCAUUGAACACGUAUUAGAAUGUGUUAACCAUAACAUAGAUAAGAUAAUAUUGAUGAAAACUUAAAUAAAACAUAAAAAAAUCUUUCAGAAUGCUAUGAUAGUAAAAACAGAAUUAAGAUAUCGCCCCCAAUCUUGAAUGGGGGACUAAAUGUGUACAUUAAAUCUGAAUGUCGUAGCUGUUUCUUUACAGAAAUAUUUAUUAAGUUGUACAUCUACAUGUAAUGUCUUGUACAUGAACCUUCAGCUAUGUAACUAGUGCUAUAAUAUGUGUAAGGGAAAUAACUCUGGCACUGCUUCUGUCUUACUGUUAUUAUUAAACAUUUAUGGUAUGACAAAUGUUGAUUUUUGUUUACUUUAAAACCAAGCUAGUUGGUUUAUCACCCAUUUCCGUGCCAUUUAAAAUUCAUCAGUACUAGAAUUGGAGAGAUGGUUAUACUUUUAUUUGGUGUGAUACAUUCCUUCCUGGUUACACCAAUGGUGUAGUGAAUUAAUGAAGUAUGCUACAUCCAAACCACACUUUAUAGUGGUAUAGGUGCCAUGAGGAACUAAGGAAAUGAGAGUGUGAUAUUUAAAAACGCACUUCUGCAAUAUGAGUCUUGUAAUUACUACCUCCUUGGUUCAUAUUUAUUUUCUUGAUAUAUAUAGAUAUAUAUUUCAUUUGAGUUUUUAUGAAAUGAGUCUUAGAAAAACAUUUUGAGAUCAGAUUCAUAAAAAAUUAUGAUUAUGAAAUGAAAACAAAUUUAACAUCGUUUUCAUUACAUAACGGAGAAAAUAUAUUUUUGUCAAGUUUUAUUUAAAUUCAAAUUGUAGAGGCCAAAUCAAACAGAGGCAGCCAUUCUGUUGCAUAUCAUGACAAAAAGUCUUUGUCCAUAUUAUGACAUCACAGCUGAUUUCUAACUGGCACAGCCAAUGAAAAAGCCCUAGAAUAUAUAUUACACUAGUGAAAUGUACACAAAUCCAUGUAAAUUACACGGGCAAAUUCAAUGGAUUACAGGUCAAUUGUGAUAAAUUGUUAAAGUUGUCAAUGUGUGUACUGUGUAAGUUGACUGACUAAUUGAAGAACAAUAAAAAUUCAAUGGUA